AUGGAUGAUGACGAUGUGGAUGGCCUUGGGGGUCCGCAAAUUUAUAUAUGCGGACUGGCUGCAUUUUCCUUUUGCGUUAAGCGGGAGGUCAUCGAGGCGGCCUUCAAGAAACCUAAACACCUUAAUGAUGUUAACACUUUUCUACGUGGCAACGAUACAUCGGCUGCCCUCUUCAUCAUAGCGCCCAAGUCGGAUGACGGUGACCCGACUGCUCUGACUGCUGACCGCGUGAAGGUUUGCCUCAGCGCAAAAGCAGCCUUCAAUUCCAACUGCGUUUUCUUUAUGGACGUAGAAAAAGGGACCCCGAUCACGUCGACCAACAUGAGAUCAAGGAUCUGCAUGCGACGGAUGCAUCAUUCCACGCCAAUCUUUUCUCUCAUCCGGAGCUUUUUCCUACCCGCUAUUAAGAAUCAGACCGGCAAUCUGAAGGAGCUGGACUCGCUGAGCAAGAAAGAGUACAUCACUGCCUUGAUUGAAUACGGGAUGAAUCUUGAUGAUUGGUCCCUUGGUCGCAGCCAUGGAGAUGAGCCGGCGUAG